AGCUUUAUUGCUGGAAUGGUCCGCCUAACGGUUGAGUUAAUUAACGACUCGCUUCAAUAUCUUAAUACGGUUCGCGAUCGAGAAUUAAGCUUACGAGCUUGCAAAAUUCCUGUGCUGGAGAAUCUCGGCGUUACGAAGGAUCAGUUCGAUACGAUUGAUUUAACAGAUAAUGAUAUAAGAAAACUGGAGAAUAUCCCUCUAUUGAGACGACUUAGCACCCUUUUGAUGCACAAUAAUCGCGUGCAGCAGAUAAUGCCGAACAUUGGCGAAGUGUUGCCAUCACUGAAGACUCUGGCGUUGACGAAUAAUAAUUUAUGUGAAUUGGGUGAUAUUGAUCCUCUAGCAAGCUGCCCAAAAUUGGAGUAUCUGACACUGAUUGGAAACCCACUAACUCACAAACCACAAUAUCGUCUUUACGUAAUAUACAAGGUACCAUCAGUGCGUGUUCUCGAUUUUAAACGAGUUCGUCUCGCGGAAAGGAAACAAGCAGAUGGUUUGUUCAAGGGUAAAAAAGGUCAGAAAUUCAGGGAGGAAGUUGUAAAGAAAUCGAAGACUAUGCCUGAUGACGAAGAAGACGGACAACCAAGAAAUUUGCGUAUAGAAGAUGCUAAGGAAAUUGAGGAGGCAAUUGCAUCUGCUUCAAGUCUUGCUGAAGUGGAGCGAUUACAAGCAAUUUUACAAAGCGGGCGAGUUCCGAAAAGUGGUUGGAAUCGUGGAAGUAUUGGUUAUGUAACAGAAGAUACUGAAAAAAGGACCAAAGAAAGUAAUGGAUUUGUUGCGGAACACGAGGAUGAAGAUGAUGAUGUCCCUUCACCGGCAGCAAGCCCUGAUGGUGCUGAUGUUAAUGAUGAUGUACAAUCUCCAGUAGCAAGUCCACCUCAGGAAGAGGAACUAGAUAAUGGGGAAAUGGAAUAUAUGAUGGAGAAAUGAGAAAUGAUUUUUUCAUCCUUUCCGGUAAGCGAUUGAAUGCAAAGAAAAAAUCGAAAACUCAGCAUUUUCUGACAUCAGUGAAUUUAAGCUUGAUACGUUGUCCUCGUCAUUUUUUAUUUUUUAUCCUUAUGAUAUAAUAUUCGUGCGUAAAAUUAUCAUACGUGGGCAGCGAGAGUUCAGAUACUUCACCCUUUGAUCUUACAUGUAUCAUUUUGGUUGUUUGGCG